CUGUUGCUAUGUGACGUCACUACCCGCCAGGCCUCCUAGUCGAUCCCAGAUCGCCUCCCCCUGCUCUGUGCGGUAGCGCUGGAUUAGUAAGCCUGGCGAGCGAGUAGUGCAGUGCUCGUCCCCGGCUGUCACAGUUCAUUCCCGGACAUGGGGCUAUCUCUGAGCUCGGAGGCUUCGGAUGGAGGCAGCGAGGGCUACCACGUCCAUGGGGUACAGGAGAAUUCGCCUGCACAAAAAGCAGGACUCGAGCCAUUCUUUGAUUUUAUUAUUGCGAUUGGAAAUUCCCGGCUGAACAAAGAGAACAGCAUGUUCAAAGAUCUCCUGAAGGCCAACAUGGAGAAGCCUGUGAAGCUAGAGGUGUACAACACAAAGACCAUGAAAGUGCGAGAGGUGGAGGUGACCCCCAGCAACAUGUGGGGAGGCCAGGGCCUUCUGGGGGCCAGUGUCAGAUUCUGCAGCUUCCAAGGGGCUAAUGAACAUGUGUGGCAUGUGCUGGAUGUGGAACCAAAUUCCCCAGCAGCACUGGCCGGUCUUCAAGCUCAUGUGGAUUAUAUUGUGGGAUCAGAUCAGAUUUUGCAAGAGUCAGAAGAUUUCUAUGCUCUGAUAGAGUCUCACGAAGGGAAACCACUGAAGCUGCUGGUCUAUAACACUGAGACAGAUUCCUGCCGAGAGGUGUAUGUCACCCCUAAUGGAGCAUGGGGUGGAGAAGGAAGUUUGGGAUGUGGCAUCGGAUAUGGAUACUUGCAUCGCAUUCCCUCGCAGACUGUCACCCCAACCAAAAAUCCAGAGAUAAAGCCCCCUUCACCUUUACCACCUCAAGAACCUGUUGUGCACCCAACCAAUGGAUAUAGUGAGGCUCCUCUUUUGGCCCCAGACACCCAUACAGACCAGGCAGUGGAAGCCCUGCCGACGGAGGAGACGCAGACCCUAAAUGCUCAUGUUCAUCCCGGAGAAGCUGCACUUGUUCUCCCCCCUCCUGUACAAAGAGUUGUAAAUCCAGGAUUUCCAGACAGUUCUAACAUUUUGGCACCAGAGGUUACAGAUCUUACAAAACUACUGGAUGUGACAUUGCCGCCUCUCCUGAAUGUGACACCGGAUCUUCCUGCAGGCACAGACAAGAUCCUGACCACUGAAGAGCUGAAUGCUUAUAUUGAACAAGUCCAGGUGUCAGAAGGACCAUCUCUUGACAUCCCCGCCGUGUCGCAUGUUGUCUUGGAUCACGCGCCAGCUGAACAGAACUCUUUAAUCUCCUUUGAGGAUCUGGUGAGCAACACGUCAGAGGUCGCUCCAGCAAGUGAGUCCCUGGCUGAGCUGGACAGUGCUGACGUUUCCACAGUAAAUGACAAGGAAACGGCUGAAGAUUCUUCCACAGAACCGACCGAAAACAAAGAAUAGAACAGAAAUAACGAUUUGGUCUUGAUGAUCAAUGAGAUGCAAAUUGCACGUAGGCUUACCAGAAAAUGGUUCAUGUUUUUAUUACAACUUUUUUUUUUUUCUAUUUUAAAGCAAAACGACAAGCUUUUUAUGCAAAUGAUAUCAGUUAACAUUUUAGGUAAAUAUCUGUCUCUUGGAACCCUGAAGUAUUUGUAGUUCUUAUAGACUUCAGUUCCUCACCUCUGCAUGUGUUUCAUGUCACAGAACACUAUGUUGCCAAAGAUUGCACAACUAGACUGUUCAUGUUAAGAGUAUUGCUUUACAACCUGUUAUUCUCCAAAACUAAAACUCCCUACGUGCUCUGACAACUUGCAGCUGACCGUGCAUGCUGGGAGUAGUAGUUGCAUAUCAAUGAUGUGGUUGGGGAGAGGAAUGACAUAGUAAUCCUACAGGCCACUAUUCCCCAACCCAUGGAUCAGGAGCCACGUUCCUGAGCUAUUAGCUGCUGCAAUUACUAUUUUUGCACUGGUGGUCUCUUGGCUGCCAUGGCAUUAAAGGGGUUAUCCAGCCCAAAAAAAUCCUCCAUACACAGGAUAGGAGAUAAGCAUUUGAUCUGGUGGAUCUGACUGCUGGGACCCCCCGCGAUCUCCAGAGCAAGGCCCUGCCUCUCCAAGCUACAUGGAGCAGCAGACAUGCACUGUCUAUGAGAGUGCUGAGGCAUACCCGAGUGAUGUACUACUGCUGUACUAUGGCUCUCUUACAGACAGUGCAUGGAGCGGCAGACAGCACUCACUCUAUGCACUGUCUAUGAGAGUGCUGAGGCAUACCUGAGUGAUGUACUACUGCUGUACUAUGGCUCUCUUACAGACAGUGCAUGGAGCGGCAGACAGCACUCACUCUAUGCACUGUCUAUGAGAGUGCUGAGGCAUACCCGAGUGAUGUACUACUGCUGUACUAUGGCUCUCUUACAGACAGUGCAUGGAGCGGCAGACAGCACUCACUCCAUGCACUGUCUAUGAGAGUGCUGAGGCAUACCCGAGUGAUGUACUACUGCUAUACUAUGGCUCUCCCAUAGACAAUGUAAGGAGCGGCAGACAGCACUCACUCCAUGCACUGUCUAUGAGAGUGCUGAGGGAUACCUGAGUGCUGUACUACUGCUGUACUAUGGCUCUCCUAGAGACAGUGCAUGGAGCGGCAGACAGCACACACUCCAUGCACUGUCUAUGAGAGUGCUGAGGGAUACCUGAGUGAUGUACUACUGCUGUACUAUGGCCCUCCCAUAGACAAUGUAAGGAGCGGCAGACAGCACACACUCCAUGCACUGUCUAUGAGAGUGCUGAGGCAUACCUGAGUGAUGUACUACUGCUGUACUAUGGCUCUCCUACAGACAGUGCAUAGAGCGGAAGACAGCACUCACUCCAUGCACUGUCUAUGAGAGUGCUGAGGCAUAAACGAGUGAGGUACUACUGCUGUACUAUGGCUCUCCCAUAGACAGUGCAUGGAGCGGCAGACAGCACUCACUACAUGCACUGUCUAUGAGAGUGCUGAGGGAUACCCAAGUGAUGUACUACUGCUGUACUAUGGCUCUCCUACAGACAGAGCAUUUGGAGAUCACAGGGGGUUCCAGCGCUCAAGCCAUGUUCACAUCUGCAUUGGGUUUUUUUCCCCGUUCAUCAGGAACAUCAUUGAAGCAGAAGAAAGAAAAUAAAAAAACAGAGCGGCGGAUCCGCUGCACACCAGACACUAAUGGUUGACACCAACUUGAGAGAUCCUGUUGACUUCAAUGGGGUCCAUCAGGUUUCCGGGAUGGUGGCGGUCAUAUGACUGGAUAAAUAAUACAGCAUUUUGUAUUUUUUUUUGUCCAGGACAUAUUCUGCUACGGUAACCUACAACGGAGCCUCCAUCUAAGAUGUGAACACAGCCUAACAGGAACUUAUCCCUAUCACUUGAGUACAAUCCAUAUCAGUUGGUUACAUCUUGGAUGGUGGCCUCCGCCAUAGGCAGUAGAGGUCCUCACAGUGAAGCUACUUUUGCAAACAAUAUGAGCUGUGCAGAAGAACUCCCUUAUUGCCAUGCAGGAUCCUAGGAGAGAGCGUGCAUGCUUUCUGCCUUUCUGAACCUGGAUGCAUGUUACAAUAUAGUUUAAGGUAACUACUGCCAAAUAUUAUUGCUAGUACAUAGCAGUGAGGUAGGUUUUUCCGUUACCAGACGGUCCAUGGUGUGGGUACACAGCAGAUUAUAUUUUCCUUUUAUACAAGAUCGUGGUUCCUACAGUAGACAGCUUGAGGAUUUCCUCUGGUUACAAACAUUGACAUGAUGUAAAUUAGUG